GUGAUGUCUUGGAAAGGGUUAAGCCGCAGGAAUGCAACGCUCAGGAAUGCGCAUGCAAAUAGAUUUAUGCUAAUGACAUGCUAAUGUCCCGUUGGCUGGGAACGGAGUCAAGUCUGUCUGUCCCGGCCUAUGUGUUCAGCUAGAAACCCAAGAUGGAGGACAGGGGAACGCAAAACAUGGAUCUUUACUGACUUUUUUUCGUCGCUUUUUAGUAUUCCAUUGGAGUUUUUUUUUUUUUUUUUACCGUACUUAUGGCGGAACUUUUAGAAGAUGAACAUGCCUAGGAAGGGGAAUGGCCAGCUGCCGUUACCCGACGGCUGGGAAGAAGCGAGGGACUUUGACGGAAAAGUGUUUUAUAUCGACCACAACACUAAACAAACAAGCUGGAUAGACCCGAGGGACAGGUUGACGAAGCCCCUGUCGUUUGCGGACUGUGUGGGAGACGAGUUACCGUGGGGAUGGGAGGCCUCAUACGACCCUCAGAUUGGCAUCUACUACAUCGACCACAUCAACAAGAGUACCCAGCUAGAGGACCCCCGGGCGGAGUGGAGGAAGGAGCAGGAGAGGAUGUUGAAGGAGUACCUGACAGUAGCCCAGGAUGCCCUGGUCACCCAGAAAGAGCUGUACCAGGUCAAAGAGCAGCGGCUGGCCUUGGCCCUGGAUCAGUACACACGCCUCAACGACGCAUACAAGGACAAGUCCAGCUCACGCACCAGCCUGUUCUCGGGGUCUUCGUCCAGCACUAAGUAUGACCCUGAUAUCCUCAAGGCUGAGAUCUCCACCACCAAAGUCAGGGUGAAUAAGCUGAAGAGAGAGCUCUCCCAGAUGAAACAGGAGCUCAUCUACAAAGAACAAGGCUUUGAAACCUUGCAACAGAUCGACCAAAAACUGUGUGGCGAGCAGAGUGGAUACCGUCUGAAGGAGGCCAAAGCCAUCGUGACGGAGCUCAAGUCUCUCCGCAGGGCCAUCAGCUCUGGAGAGAAGGAGAAACAGGACCUCAUGCAGUCUCUGGCUAAGCUAAAGGGGAGGUUCCACAUAGAACACAACAUGGGCCGUUCGGAACCAGACCUCCGGAACCCAGUGGGCUCCAGACAGACGCUUGAAGCCGGCUCCCAGACAGACGUCUCUGGAGAGGCUGGUUUGAGGAGCAGGUCAUCCUUGGCUGAGAAGGUUAGACUUAGUCUCCAAUAUGAAGAGGCCAAAAGAAGUAUGGCCAACGUGCAGGUGGAGCUGGCCAAGCUGGAGAGCGAGGCGUGGCCGGGGGCGGUGGACGUGGAGCGGGAACGUCUCCUCCUGGUCUCUGAGAAGGAAGAGCUCCUCAAGGAGCUGCAGUUCGUGUCGCCACGGCGACGCACCCCGCAGGACCUCCAACGUCUGGAGGCCCAGAGGCUCCAGCUGGAGCAGGACCUGCAGGCCGUCAGGAACACCCCCAGCCACGCCCUGGCCCAGAGGUUGAAGGUGCAGGAGAGGAGACGAGUCCUGGUGCAGAGACUGGAGGAAUCAACCAGACUGACCACACUGCUCCACUCUCAGCUCAAGAGUUUGUCAGCCAGUACCCUGUCCGUCUCAUCAGGCAGCAGCCUGGGUUCUCUGGCCUCCAGCCGUGGCUCCCUCAACGCAUCCUCCUCCCGCGGCUCCCUCAACUCCCUCUCCUCCGGAGACCUCUACUACACCCCCGCAGAACCCCCCUCUCCCCUGGACCUGGACUACCAGUGUAAACUGGACCUGCUCCUCCAGGAGCCCUUGACCCCCUCUGGGAUAACCUACAGGCGGGGAGACCCCCCAGGAAUUAUCACCACCAUCCACGAACACGAGGUGGAGAACCCACACCCACACAACACGCCGCUUCACACACACGCCGUGGGAACCGGUACCACCGACCUGGUCCCAUCAGCGCCGCUGGUUGCGGUGUCCUCGAAGCCGGCCGAGCCGUCCAAGUCGGUGACGUCGCUUUCCUCGAGGUCGUCGUUGUCUUCUCUCUCGCCGCCGGGCUCGCCGCUAGUGCUGGAGGGGGUUGGUGCGUUCCCGUCGGCGGGCCCACAGGACUUUGGGGACUGCGACGUCAGUCUGGUGGUGGCGGACUUUGGCGGUCUCAGCCUGGGAUUCUACGACGGCCAGGGAAUGGGGAUGUUUGAGGCGGAGACGGGGGAGGGGGGGAGGGAAGGGAGAGGGGCACUGGCUACCCUCAGAGAGAGUAUCACAGACGUGGACCUCCAGAGGCCGGGGGAGGACAGGCCCACCUGUGUGUCAGCAGCCGUGUCAGACGAGUCCGUGGCCGGGGACAGUGGGGUGUACGAGGCCUCUAAUGUCAAACGUAGGUCAAUGGAGUCUGAUGAACCGGCGGUCUACCUGGAGGACGAGCCUGUCCUUCCUGAGUCUGCCCAGGUCCAGAUAGGCCUGAAAUAUGAUGCUGCCAACUCCAGUUUUGUCAUGGUGAUCAUGCAGCUGCAAAACCCUGCUGCCCUGUCAGUCCCCUCCACUACCAGAGUAUACAUCCGGGUGGCGCUCCUCCCGUCUUCCAGUGACAUCAGCAGUCUGUUCAGGACCCGCGUGGUGCCCGUGGCGCUGCCAGACAGCGUGACGUUCAACGAGGUGUUCAGGGCGGCCGCGCCGCACGCCGUCCUCCGGCACAAGACGCUCCGCGUGGACGCCUGCACCGUGGGUCUCGGAGGCACCGAGGACUGCCUGGCUGGAGCCCAUGUGAGUCUGGGAGAGCUUCCAGUGAGUGGGGAUAUGACCCGUGUGUGGUACAACCUUUUGACCAGUGAGAGGACCAGGGAGAUAGAAGAGGCCAGCCAGGAGAGACCCGGCCCUGGGCCAGAGCAGCACCCUGCAGGGCCCGUGGACAUGGAUGCGGUGUCGGCCCUGCUGCAGAGGACCUCCAGCGAGUUGGAGGCUGUGGAACAGGAGCUGGCCUUGGAGGAGAAGGAGAGAGUGAGCCAGCUGGACAUGGACGGACACCAAUGGCUGAGCAUGCUGGGAGAGGACAGCGCUCAACUGGUCCUCGGACUGGAGGAGGAAGAAGAGGGGGAGGAGGAGAGGAAAGAUUCUGUCAUGGCAGAGACAAAGUUUGCUGGCCCUGGGCAGGCGUACAGAGGUGAAGAGCUGGAGGAGGAGUGUCGAGAAGAGCCAACCAGAGAGGAGGAGAGGAGAUAUAAAGAGAGAAUCCCUCAGGCAAAUGAAGGACCAACGCUGGUGGAUGCAGAGACGAACACAGAGAUGUGUGGUAUGGCGGUGAGGCCUAAAGACAGACCCAGCCUGGGACCAGGACCACGCAGCGCUCAGAGAGGCUUCGUACGGAACAGUAUGAUCAUGAGGUCUCAAACCUUCUCCCCUGGGGAGCGCAACCAGUACAUCUGCAGGUUGAACCGGAGCGAUAGCGACAGCUCCACAUUAUCCAAAAAGUGCCCGUUUGUCCGGAACACCUCGGAGAGACGCAGCCUAAGGGUUAAGAGGACCCUGUGCCAACCGGUGGUGGUGCGGAGGCGUGGCGGAGCCGGAGAGACAAACACCCGGACCUCCCUGGACUUGGAGCUGGCCCUCCAGGCUUCGCGAACGCGUCAGAGCCGUCUGAACGACGAGCUCCAGGCCCUGAGGGACCUGAGGGCCCACCUGGAGGCCCUGAAGGCCCGGGGAGAGACGGCGCUGCCUGGGUCCGUUCUGCACGACCACCGGUUUCACAGGCUGCUGGAGCAGGCCGAGAGACAGGCGGAGCAGUCUAAGGAGCAGCAGCGUCAGGAGCAGCGGGCUGAGAAGCUGAUGAGGAGGGCCUCCAAAGACGUGUGUCGGCUGAGAGAGCAGAGCCAGAAGGUCCCCCUGCAGGUCCAGUCUUUCAGGGAGAAGAUGGCCUACUUCACACGCGCUAAGAUCAAUAUACCAUCCCUACCGGCUGACGAUGUAUGAUUACAUUGUAACACAAUGAAGUAUUUUUCAAACUUUCUAUAGCAGAGUAUUUUAAUAGUGUAGUUACUUUGAAUGAAAACAAUCAAAUAGUUUGUACACUAUAGUUUAUGCAUUUGUAUAAUAAGUUGUAAUUGAAUGUCUUGAAGAAAAAAAGAAACUAAGUAAUGGCUUUCUUGUAUCAGGAGAAAACCCAAAAUAGAGUUGUUUUGGUACUUGUAUUCUGCUUGUGAUUUUUUUGUACAGUUUUAUAAGGUGUGUUGGAGAGGUGUGUGUGUGUGUGUGUGGGAGGAGAGUGUUUGUCGCCCUCUGGUGUCCUGUGGUGGAACUGCACCACAGGGCAGGGUGCGGGGUUGAUUGAGCGAGUCUCAGUCCCAAAUCAACCCCGAUCCCCUACACACUUAUGGAGAUCUAACAGGAUUGGGUAGGUGUAAGUUAUAUGGUAAUAACGACACUGCCUUCUGCUAGUCUAGAUGGCAUGUUCACUAUAUUUCUUCCAUGUAUCCAAUCUUCUCUGAUCUCCAUAGGUGGGUAGGGGCUAUGGGUUGAUUUGUUAUUGGGCAUCAGUGUUAGCUAAGUGUGCGUAUGUGAGAGAGAGAGAAGGCGACCUACUACAGUAUAUCAUAUAUAAUGUCUUCUGUCCAAAGCUGGUGCUCUGCUAUUUUUUUCUCUCUCAUUCAGAACAAAACAAACAUAAACCUUGUGAAUGUAAUGUAACCGCUUUUCCACUUCUAUCUAUCUCUGAGAUACUGCACUGAUAGUGUUCUGUGGCUUCAUGCUUUUUCACACCGACCCACCGCAACGCUAAUUAUUACUGCGUUCGCUGGGCUCUAGUCUCAAUUUUAUAGUUCAAUGUUUUCAGUUACUAGCCUGGUCCAGGAUAUGUUUUUGCACAAACUGAUCUGGGACCAGGCUAUUUUGUAAGAUUGGUUUUCCUUUCCCACCUGUUUCCCAACGGUUGAAGUAUUUAUUCAAAGGAUGAACAUAAAAACCUCUGUGUUAAUGCCUUUUGUUACAGAUUGGUUCUCUGGACUAGAGAAAAGACAAUGCAGGAAACAUACUGGACCCAAAUCAUGUAAUUUACAGCCUUCCAGUGUUUAAGGGUUCGAAAUAGCACCCUAUUCUCUAUGUGGUCCACUACUUUUGGUCAAAAGCACAGAGCCCUAUGGGCCCUGGUCAAAAGCACAGAGCCCUAUGGGCCCUGGUCAAAAGCACAGAGCCCUAUGGGCCCUGGUCAAAAGCACAGAGCCCUAUGGGCCCUGGUCAAAAGCACAGAGCCCUAUGGGCCCUGGUCAAAAGCAAUGGGCUAUAUAGAAAACAGGGUGGGAUUUCAGACAAAGUCAAAUCAAUACUUUUUUUUGUAUUUUAUCAUAGACAUGAAAGCUAUAAUAUUCAGUAUACAUCAGUUUCUUUGUAUAAUAAUGUGUUGUUGUACUCCAGUAAUUCAUUAUAUUUAUUAUUUCUCCAAGGAGUCUCCUGCUCUAUUUUUCUAAAUCAUAGGACAACGAUUGACCUUUGUGGUUUCUUUCUCUUUAUUUUGUAUCUAAUGUUUUGUUUGUGUGUCUGUAAACAGGAGAACAAACAGUAUUGUUUUUACUUUGCCUUUUUAACAGCUAAUAGCUAAGGAACAACAAGGCUGGUAUUCAAAGCACUUCUCAGAGUAGGAGUGCUGAUCUAGGUUCAGUUUAGACUUUUAGAUCAUAAUGAAUAAGAAGGGGGACCUGAUUCUAGGUCAGCACCCUUACUCUGAAAUGCUUGAAUAGGAGCCAACAUCUGAUUGAACUGUGAGCAUAAACAGUAUCUGUGGUAUCGUACUUAGUUUGCAUAGCUACACCUGGACUCGACAUAUAUAUGGCACUUCCAAUCAAAUGUGUUCACGUCCGUUUAGUUUACCAAUACAAUGUUGCCUCACAAUAUCAACCAGGAAGAUAAACAUGGAUUUGUAUUGUGGGUAGGUGGAAAAGUUUGGACUUUAUUUUUCCUGUGUAUUUAUUUUUUGUGUUUGUAUUAUUUAUGUUUUGGUUCUGUACAGACAUGCCCCCCUCCGAACCUUUUUAAUUAGCAACGUAUGGAUGGUUCAAAUGUUAACUCACUGUUUCUCCGCUGAUGAUCAGCUAGUUUAGAGACACACACUGAUAUCAAAUAUGUUUUAUACAACUGACCUACAGUGCCUUCAGAAAGAAUUCACACCCCUGGACUUUUUCCACAUUUGAUUGUGUUACAGCCUGAUUUUAAAAUUGAUUAAAUAUAUUGUUUUUCACUGGCCUACACGCAAUACCCCAUAAUGUCAAAGUGGAAUUAUGUUUUUCGAUUUAUUUUUUACAAAUUAAUUAAAGAUGAAAAGCUGA